AUGGCUAGGAACUCUGGUGCUUCAGAGGACCUCAUCAACUCCUUGGUUUGGAAUACGGCCGAUUCGAUCGAGGACUUGGGCCGGGGGUGGAACCUGACAGAGACUGGACGUGGGGAGUCUCGGAUUAGAGACUCUCCUACCACGUUAGAAGAGACGCUCUCUAACAUGGCAACUAGAAUUGUUGGUGGGAACGAGAAGCACGCCAACGCCGUAAAGAAGAUAGUCACCCGGCGUAUGGAAGAGCUGGAUAUGGAUAGAUGGAUGGGAAAUGACGACGAGGAAGUCGCCCUCUUCAAACAUCUUUCGGAUGUUAUCGCGACUUGGGACUGCUCCGCAGAUCCUUUUGGAUCGCGGUCAACAUCGACUUCCGAUAAAGAUAUCAGCAGAGCUUUACACCAAGCUUGGUCGUCGGCUUUAACAUUUGUCAUAACCCAUAAGACAAACGUCCUACUCACAACCUUCGGCAAUAGUAUCUCACCAGCGGCGAGGCACUAUAAGCCUUCCGCAGCGAUUUUUAAUGAAGUCGCCAACGCCUGUGAGAUUCAAAUGCUGGCCGCUAUUAGGCGUUACCUCCCGACAAUCACUAGAUAUGUAGCCGUGGGAGACCCGAGGCAGCUAGGGCCACAUCUAAAUGCGCAAUUCGAUGGCUCUACAAUUGGCUCUGGACCACCUGAGUCGCAUGGUGGCCAUCGGCUAUCCAUACGUACGUCUACGAGUGCAGUAUAG